UGCGUUCGUGAGGAUGAUUGCUCCCGAGGGCUCCUUGGUGUUCCAUGAGAAAGCCUGGAAUGCUUACCCCUACUGCAGAACAAGUAAGCUGGCCCCACAGUAUUGCACCCUGCCUUAGGAUGAGGAGAGGGACACUACAUGCCCCAGUCUCUCAGGCUUAGAUCAAACAAACCUUCACUGCUUGGGUGAUGGCCAGGGAGCCCCAGAUUUUCCUCCCCAGACCUAUGUGUACCCCUAGGUUCACUCCCAGAUGUCAGCCAUACGGUGGUCCAGCUAAUGCCGGCUUUGGGGUGAACACAUGCACUCAGAGGCGAGGCACUCUGGGAGGGAGUUGCAGAUUUAUUUGCCAAGCGAGUGUCGUAAAUGCUGUCAGGCUAUUGAGAUGCUCUCACUGCAUUAUUUUAAAUUAAGAUAGAGUAUUCUGCAUACUGCCUUUGUACUUCACAACCUAAACUGAGGCUCUCUUGGUAUGUGUCACUUGUGUAGAGACCAUUUUGAAGACAUAAGCUACUAAAUGUUACAUGUUUGGAAUAGCUUAGUCCACCUGACUUAAGGUACUGGGAUAGGCUGUCUUGACUCCUUCUAACUGAAGUUUUUCCUGUUUCGGUGCCGCCUCACCUCUCUGCCUCAGUUGUAACGGUGAGUAGUACACCCUCUUCUUUUAACUUUGCUUUUAUAUUUUGCUGAUUCCCGACUGCUGCUGGCCUUUGCCUUGAACUCCCAUUGCUUUACGGCCUCUCCCUUGUCCUCCCCUGCCACACCCACCUCAGAUUUCCUGGACUCACAGCUCCCAGGUUUGUUCCACACUGCUUACUGUUUUUAUUUUGCUUUUGCUACUUCCUCUAAAUGUAGAAUUGCUUAGCAAACCUCAUGUUUGUUUCUGCCCCUGUGCUGCAUGACAAGUGGGAGUGCUUGAAAUAUACAAAAGCAUCAUUUGCUGUACUCAGCAAGUUUUUAAAAAUCAGGAGCUGGGGCUGGAAAUUCAGCUUGACCAUUAAGAGCUUAGGCUGCUCUUCCACAGGACACAGGUUUGGUUCCUAGAACCACAACCAUCCUUAAAUCAAGUUCCAGGGAAUCUGAUACUCUCUUCUGACUUCAUAGGUACAAACACACCUGAGCCCAUAUACAUGGAUGUAGGCAAUACACACACACACACACACACACACACACACACACACACACACACACACACAGAGAGAGACACAGACACACACACACAGAGACAGACACACACACAGACAGACACACACACACACACACACACACACACACACACACUCUAAAAUGACAUGGGGAACAGAGGCUAAUGGCUCUGAGUUUGGAAAGAGAUCCACACUGGGGUGCUGUGCUAAGGAGAUUCCUACAGAACUGUGAAGGGUGGGUCACAUUCUUGUGUUUUCUGCAGAAUGAGUACAUGAAAGAUGACUUCUUCAUCAAAAUCGAAACAUGGCACAAACCUGACUUGGGAACAUUAGAAAAUGUUCACGGUUUAGAUCCAAACACGUGGAAAACCGUUGAAAUUGUCCACAUAGACAUUGCAGAUCGAAGUCAGGUUGAACCAGCAGACUACAAAGCUGAUGAGGACCCUGCGUUAUUCCAGUCAGUCAAGACCAAGAGAGGCCCCCUGGGACCUAACUGGAAGUGUGAUCUCGGUUGGAAACUUAACACUACAAAUUCGGCCGCCAAAACUGAGCAUUCUGAUUGCCUACCACUAAAAGCUAAAAUACCAGGGAGUGUGAACCGCAUGGAAGACUGCUCUGCUGCCGAGGAGCGUCAGCUCUGCUGCCGAGGAGCGUCAGCUCUGCGGAUCCCACAGGAUUCGCUCUGCGGAUCCCACAGGAUUCUACAGUGAAGUAUAGCAAGGCCGAGAGCACCUUGGACUCUUCUUUGCUUCCUAACGUGUGUACUUACUUUUCUGUGUUUGUUCUGGAGGCUCAUGCUGGCUGAUUGCUUACCAUCAAAGCUCCACAUACUUCAAGUAUUCAGUCACGACGUGUGGCUGCUGCGAACCUUGCUUCCCUGAAGGCCUCGCUCGGCCACAUGCCUCAGAGUAACCUAAUAUGUACUCUUAAAUUGAAAACAUGAUUGGACUUGGGAAGCUUCAUUUAUAGUUAGUAACAUGAAAUGUAAGGAAUUCUGUGGCUGUACAAAUGAGUUCAAUGCAAUUUUGAAAACAUUUUGUAGCUAACUACUAGUACGUGUUUUAUUAUGGCUGAAAUUUGAAUUAUGUAGGAAAUAACCUGAUGCUCAGCUCUUCUGUGAGCUCGGGAUACCUGUCUCGUGGAAUUGCUGGUCGCUCUUCCGUUAACCAAUCCCAUUUAAAAAUUUAAUCUAUGUACAGCUCACUUAUUGGCUGAAUAAUUGUUUUAUGAACUAUUGGAAUUAGCCCUAGCUGCCUUGAUGCGGUAAUGAAGUUUUCAGUUUGGGCUGGAUUGGAGCAAUGUGUGAAAGGUCUUUAUUCUAUCCUAUUCCCUGCCCUUUGGGUUGUUUUGAGAGGAAGUUUUUUUUAAAGCAGUUGAGCUCCUAGGAACUUGAUACAGGAUGGAACUUCUUUCUGUAGCAAUGGAAUACCUUUUUGAAGAUUAUAAAUUUCUUUCUUUUCUUUUUUUUUAAAUUAGGGGCUAGCGAGGCAACUUAGUGGGAGAACCAUUGGUUUUUGCAGAGGACCUGGGUUUGGUUCCCAGCAUCCACAUGUUAUCUAGUGACCAGUUCCUGGCAGGCAUACAUGUGGUGCACAUACAUACGUGUAGGCAUGAACAGGUACUUGAAUGCACAUGUGUAUGCAUGCCACAACAUGCAUCAGGGUUGGAGGGCAGCUUGCAGGAAUUGGUUCUUUCUUUUCAUAUGGUACCAAGAGGUUGGACUGAGGCAGUGAGGCCUGGCCCCAGGCAUUUCAAACAGGAACAACGCCUGAAAUACCAUGCACAUGUCAGCUACUGCAGGAAGCCACGUAGCUUGUGUGUUUCCACUUUUCUUCUUGGAUGCCACAUUUGCCACUGCUUUCUGGUGACUCCAGUGGCAUGCUGACACCUCCAGGAAGACAGACAGCCAGGAAGUUCGGGCAGCAGACCUGUGUCUACAUGAGCAGAGUUUAGUCGGUUUGCAUAUUCUUCCCUCAAAGGGUUGUUUUUGGUUUUGUUUUUAAUAACUACUUGUAAAUUGGAAGGAAAACAAGAAGAUUGAAAAUAAAUAAACAUGUGAGGUAUAGAA